UUUGGAGCCAAGCUUCUACACAUUUCGCGGAGCAGUCUUGCAGAUUUGCGCUCACUCUUUUGCUGUCACAGCUUCGAUCUUCAGCGGGGGAAAAGGAGUUUUGUCUAGAGGUCCCUUGACCUCUUACUUUUUCCCACGAUGGAGCAGCAAUCGAACAGGGCGCAUCGGCCCGCCAAGGAGAAGAAAAAAUAUGAAGGAGCAAACCCCAAGGCUUUUGCCUUCUCGAAUCCCGGCAAAUUGAACAAAGCAGGCGCGAGAUCGCACGAUAUCAAAGAAAAAAGACUCCAUGUGCCCCUCGUCGAUCGCUUGCCUGAAGAGGCACCCCCCCUCAUUGUUGCCGUCGUCGGACCGCCUGGAGUGGGCAAGACGACCCUCAUCAAAUCCCUCAUCCGUCGAUACACGAAACAGACCCUUAGCACUCCGAAAGGUCCUUUGACUGUGGUAACCUCCAAGAAACGCCGUCUCACUUUCCUCGAAUCCCCCUCCGACUCCCUCGCCAGCAUGAUCGAUGUCGCCAAGAUUGCCGACAUUGUGCUCCUGAUGAUCGACGGUAAUUACGGAUUCGAGAUGGAGACUAUGGAGUUCCUGAACGUCCUGGGCUCCCACGGUAUGCCCGGUAACGUUUUCGGCAUCCUCACUCAUCUCGACCUGUUCAAGAAGCAGAGCACGCUGCAGGCCGCCAAGAAGCGCCUCAAGCACCGUUUCUGGAGCGAACUCUACAACGGUGCCAAGCUCUUCUAUCUCUCCGGCGUCGUUAAUGGCCGCUACCCCGACCGCGAGGUCCACAAUCUUUCUCGCUUCCUGUCCGUCAUGAAAAACCCCCGGCCCCUCGUGUGGCGUAACUCCCACCCGUACGCCCUCGCAGAUCGGUUUUUGGACAUCACGCCGCCCACCCAGAUUGAGGAGGACCCGAAAUGUGAUAGAACGAUAGCUCUGUACGGUUAUCUGCGUGGUACCAACUUCUCGGCCCAGGGAGCGCGUGUACAUGUUCCAGGUGUUGGCGAUUUGACGGUCUCCGCUAUUGAGUCCCUGCCCGAUCCAUGCCCGACGCCGUUUUUCGAACAGCAGGCUGCCAAGGCUUCCGGGAAGACAAGCCGGCGCCGAUUGGGUGACAAGCAGAAGCUUCUCUUCGCGCCCAUGUCUGAUGUUGGUGGUGUAUUGGUGGACAAGGAUGCUGUUUACAUCGAUGUCAAAACCUCAAACUUCGAACGAAACGAAGAUGAGUCUGAUGACGAGGAGCGCGGUCUUGGCGAGCAACUGGUUGUUGGCCUGCAGGGUGAGCGCAAGCUUCUCGGUGAGGCAGACGGUGGUGUUCGUCUUUUCCGUGGCGGUGAAGCCAUUGCAAAGGCGGACGAGGAAGAUGGUGCUGCUGGAAGAAAGCACAAGCGCCAUGCUCGUUUCCUAGAUGGUCAAGAUCACCAGGAAGAUGUAGUCGGCGAUGAAGAUGAAGGCUUUGAGAGUGCUGAGGAUGAAGACGACGCCGAAGAGCUGAACGAUGACGAGCUGGACGAUGAUCUUAGCGAGGACGAGGAGAUCGAUGCUUCCGCACCCGCAGAUUUCGAAGCCAACUUCAAGGAGAGGCAGAAUGGGAGUUCUCGCCAGGCCGAGGGGGACCUUGAGUUCGCCGACAGCGACUCCGAUCUUGGCUCUAUCUCGUCUGUUGAAGACCAAAUUCUGGAAAGUGACGAAGACGAAGACUCGGAUGCCGAGGGAGAUGCCCGUUGGAAAGAGAACAUGCUCGCCAAUGUGAAGUCGCUUACAAAGCGUCCGGCGUAUAGAAUCACCGACCUGUCCCGUAUGCUCUACGAUGACUCUAUUGCGCCCGAGGACGUGAUGCCCAAAUGGAGUGGUCGUGAUGAAAAUGAAGCCGAAGAUAGCGAGGAUGAGGAUGAGGGAAAUGACGAGGAAGAGGACACCUUCUUUAAGAAGACCAAUGCGGAGCAAAAAGAAGAGGAGGAGUUCCGCCACGUUCCCGACUAUGACUACGCCCAGCUCGAAGAAAAGUGGCGGGAUGAAGAGCUUAUUGAAUCUCUUAGAAGCAGAUUCGUCACAGCCAAGUUGUCUGGUGGUGGCGAUGACGACGAUUCUGAUGUCGACGAUGCUUUUGACUCGGAUGACGAAGGAGACGGCGAAUUCGAGGAUCUGGAAACAGGUGAAGCUUUCAACGGUCUUUCCGACGAGGAGGAGGAGGAGAGCGGCGAGGGGGAUGGUGAGAAAGAAGAGGGUCCCGUGGACUUGGAUGCUGAACGUGAACGGAAUGCGAAGAAAAAGGAAGAGCUCCGACUUCGUUUCGAAGAAGAAGACCGUGAAGGAUUCGCCAACUCGAAGGAUAAUUCGCGGAAGGAUGGUGGAGGUGAUGAGGAAUUCGGGGAGGAUGAGUGGUACGAUAUGCAGAAGGCCAAGCUACAGAAGCAGCUCGACAUCAACCGGGCCGAGUUCGAUCUGCUCGACCCAGCCUCCAGAGCCAGAGCUGAAGGUUUCAAGGCCGGUACCUAUGCACGUAUCGUGCUCGAGAAGGUGCCCUGCGAGUUCGCUACCAAGUUCAACCCCCGCUACCCUGUCAUCGUGGGUGGACUUGCACCCACCGAGGACCGAUUCGGUUACGUCCAGAUCCGCAUCAAGCGUCAUCGCUGGCACAAGAAGAUUCUCAAGAGCGGCGACCCUCUCAUCUUCUCUCUCGGUUGGCGUCGGUUCCAGACCCUCCCAAUCUACAGUACAUCCGACAGUCGAACCCGUAACCGCAUGCUCAAGUACACCCCUGAACAUAUGCACUGUUUCGCCACCUUCUAUGGCCCGCUGGUGGCACCCAACACCGGUUUUUGCUGCCUGCAGUCAUUCUCCAACAAAGCCCCCGGUUUCCGCAUUGCCGCCACCGGUGUGGUGCUGAACGUUGACGAGCAUACCGAGAUUGUCAAGAAGCUCAAGCUGACCGGUGUGCCUUACAAGAUCUUCAAGAACACCGCCUUCAUCAAAGACAUGUUCAACUCCUCUCUGGAGAUUGCCAAGUUCGAGGGUGCCUCUAUCCGCACGGUAUCCGGCAUCCGCGGUCAGAUCAAGCGCGCGCUGAGCAAGCCAGAGGGCUACUUCCGUGCCACCUUCGAGGACAAGAUUCUCAUGAGUGACAUCGUCUUCUUGCGUGCCUGGUACCCGAUCAAGCCGCAUCGCUUUUACAACCCGGUCACCAACUUGCUGGAUCUGGCUGAAGACGGUGCCGCAGACAGCGGGUGGCAGGGUAUGCGUCUCACUGGAGAAGUCCGCCGCGACAAGGGCAUCCCCACGCCGCUCGAGAAGGACUCGGCGUACCGUAAGAUCGAGCGCCCGGAGCGUCACUUCAACCCGCUCCGCGUGCCCCGGCAGCUGGCUGCGGAUCUUCCCUUCAAGUCGCAGAUCACCAAGAUGAAGCACCACAAGGACAAGACCUACAUGCAGAAGCGGGCCGUGGUCCUCGGCGGUGAGGAGAAGAAGGCGCGCGAUCUCAUGCAGAAGCUCAACACCAUGCGCAACGAGAAGCAGGCCAAGCGCGCUGCGAAGCAAGAGGAGCGCCGCAAGGUCUACCGCGCCAAGGUGGCGGAUAGUCUGGAGAAGAAGGCCGAGCGCGAGAAGAGAGAGCGCGACGACUACUGGCGUCGCGAAGGUAAGAAGCGGAAGAACCAAGACGGCGAGGGCGGUGGCGGAGGCAAGAAGCGCAGGUGAAGUACUUGACUUCAUGCUUCUUGCUUUUCAGGGUCACUCUAGGUUUUCCUCCCAAAAGUUGUUCUGUGAAUAAUGUCCAUGUGUAUCUAUGUGCCUGCUGCAUGGGAUGGAUGGCGUUUGACUUUGUUUGCUUGGACUCGAUUUUACGUGACGUCCUGAACAUAUAUCAUUGUUUCUUGAUCAUGGGGUUGAUGCUUGCUCUAUACCAGGGAG